AUCAGGUCCAUCGAUCGAAAGCAACUAAGCAAAGCUACAGGCAAACAACUCAUAAAUAAGCUGCGGUACAAUGGCCUUUAAGUUUAUCGCUGCAUUCGCACUCUGCUCUGCGUUAGUCGUCGUCAAUGCCGCCCCAUAUACACAUCACGAGGAGAGUGGCGGCGGCGGCGGCGGUGGCGGCCAUGAGCAUGAGGAACAUAGCGGUGGCUCCAGUCACGCCUCGGUGCAUUUGGUCUCACAUGACGAUCAUCACGAUGAGCAUGGUCAUGAGCAUGGUGACGGUCAUGAUUCGCAUGCCGAGUACCAUUUCACCUACGGCGUUAAGGAUAAGAAGACUGGCGAUUACAAGGAGCACAGCGAAAAACGUGAUGGUCAUAAAGUAACCGGACAUUAUGAGUUAAUUGAUGCGGAUGGUCAUAAGCGUGUUGUACAUUAUGUCGCUGACAAACAUAGCGGUUUCCACGCCGUCGUGCACCGUGAACCCACACACCAUCAUAUUGCGGAUCAUGGCCAUACCAGCUACUAUGGCGGCUACGCACAUGUAGAGCAUGAACAUGGCCAUGAAGAGCACGGACAUGGUCAUGGCCAUGAAGAGCACGGACAUGGUCAUGGUCAUGCCAGUGGUUUCUCGAUCAAACAGGAACAUGGCAUCCCCUUCCAUCAUGAAAAACACGUGCAUCACGAGGAGAAGGGUCAUGAGGGUGGAAACGAUGAGGGUGGUCAUGAUUUCGGUGGCCAUGAUUUCGGUGGUCAUUAUGGUGGUCACGAUUUUGGUGGCCAUUAGUGC